AUGGCGACUUAUAUGCCCGAGCGCGUCAUGUGCCAGUUCGGGUACACACAGACCAUUCCCCAGGGUCCUGUUGUAUCUGCUCCUCCCCUGGUGAAAGGCAGGGAUAUGAAUGCUUUGUUUGAUGAUUAUGAGAAUCAUCUUGUUCCAGAUGAGGCCCAGAGCACCAUUGCUCCAGAUGACUGGAGCUACGCGGACUGUUAUAUCAUAUGGUUCUUCAGGGUGUCCCAUCCGUACCUGGUACAAGAUGCUCCAGGAAAUCCUCCGAGGCCAUCUCAUCAGGAGAUUCUAGAGAAGGAGCAGACACAAACCGAUCAUGCCACUGAUGUGUUGCCUAGGUGUCGUCGUAUCAUGGAGAUUGUGCAGACGAGUAUUGAUGGUAGUUUGUUUCCUGAUGGCUCUGAUGUUAGAGUUAUUCUGGAUACCAUCAUGGCAGAGGCUUGGGGGGCUCUGCAACACAAGAGACAACAGAGGAACGCCGAAAAGGGGGAUGGGUCGACUCAUAGUCCGCCAUACCCAAUAGUCUUUUCUGUUGUAUAUGUAUUUUGGUUUUUUAUUGUAUUUGAAUAA